AUUCAUUGGUUUGCUUGCUUUUUGCAAAGUGCCGAAGUUUCGGAGACAGCGAAAAACACACUGUUUAGAAGGUCCUUGCGAGAUUCGCCAGUUCGCCGUAGUAAUUUAUUUCGUUCGCUUUACGCUGAGUCUAACCGUGUUGCGUUAGUGCUGUUUAACAUUACGAGCAGUGUUCAGAACGAGACAAACAGGAUUCCCCACAGGUCCGGAUCGGUAAACAGUCACAACCGUGUCCAGACUUUGCAGUAACGAAACAGAAGCCUCCUGUGGUCAAACGUUAAGCAACUCGUAGCGAAAUCCUAUCCCAAGGAGUCGCCACAAACUCGAAGCGAACACCAAAUUAGACGGCUGAAUUCGGGACCCCAGUAGCUCCGAAACCGAAGAGAAGCAGUUUUUGCCGAAGAAACACAACAGAGUACGCGUGCUAAGUGUUCGGCUAGAAAAGGCUACAUACUACGAAAAGCACUUUGCAAAACCUUCUGCCCCAAAUCAUCCUAAAAGAUAAAAUGAUGGCCGUCGCUGCUGCCCAGAAGAACCGUGAAAUGUUCGCGAUCAAGAAAUCUUACAGCAUUGAGAACGGAUACCCAUCCCGGCGCCGUUCUCUGGUCGACGAUGCCCGCUUUGAGACGAUUGUGGUCAAGCAAACCAAACAAACCGUUCUGGACGAGGCCCGCGCAAAGGCCAACGACUCUACCUUGGAGUGUUCCAUUCUGCAGGCCCAAGAACAGCAUCAACAAGAAGACAAAAUUCCGCAAGAGGUUCAACAGACAGUCGAGGAUCAGGAUAAUGACGAAGAGGAAAUUCGAAUGGUCGCAGUUGAUGAGCUACCCCAGAAGCCCCAGGAACACGUUCCAAGUGCCGACGAUGAGGAGAAGGAAAAAGACGCUGGGCUAACUGAGGAGGAAGUUGUACUGCAGAACGCUGCCUCGGAAUCGCCCGAAGCCGAGAAGGAGGUGGUCCGUGCCGCCGUGGUCGUCCGACUGCGGGACGGUAUGGGAUCGCUCGGACGCAUCCUUAAGGCGGUGGAGGCGUACCACGGCACCGUGGUACAUCUGGAGUCGCGCCAGUCGCGCAGCGAGGGCGUACAGUUUGACGUCCUCGUCAAGGUCGAUAUGGCCCGCUCCAAUCUGCUGCAGCUGAUCCGGUCCCUGCGCCAGACGCAGUCCUUCGGUAGCGUUAGCUUGCUGUCGGAGAACAACGUCAACGUGAAGGCACCGUGGUUCCCCAAGCACGCGUCCGAGCUGGACAACUGCAACCAUCUGAUGACCAAGUACGAGCCGGAUCUUGACAUGAACCAUCCCGGUUUCGCAGAUCAGGUGUACCGUGCUCGUCGCAAGGAAAUUGCCGAAAUCGCAUUCGCUUACCGAUAUGGAGACCCAAUCCCGCACAUUGACUACACGGAAACGGAGAACAAGACCUGGGCGGCCGUGUUCGGGCGCGUGAAGGAGCUGAUGGUGAAGCACGCCUGCUCCGAGUACAUUGCCGUCUUCAAGAAGCUCGAGGACGAGAAGAUUUUCGUGAAGGAGCGCCUGCCCCAGCUCCAGGAAAUGAGCGAUUUCCUGCGCAAGAACACCGGAUUCACGCUCCGACCGGCCGCCGGUCUGCUGACGGCUCGCGAUUUCCUCGCUUCGCUGGCGUUCCGCAUCUUCCAGAGCACGCAGUACGUGCGACACAUCAACUCACCCUACCACACACCGGAACCUGAUUGCAUCCACGAGCUGCUCGGUCAUAUGCCGCUGCUCGCCGAUCCGAGCUUCGCCCAGUUCUCGCAAGAAAUCGGAUUAGCCUCGCUCGGUGCCUCGGAUGAGGAAAUUGAAAAGCUCUCGACGGUGUACUGGUUCACGGUUGAGUUCGGACUGUGCAAGGAAAAGGACGAGGUCAAGGCUUACGGUGCCGGUCUGCUGUCCGCUUACGGUGAGCUGCUGCACGCCAUCAGCGACAAGCCCGAGCACCGCCCGUUCGAGCCCGCCUCGACCGCGGUCCAGCCGUACCAGGACCAGGAGUACCAGCCGAUCUACUACGUCGCCGAGAGCUUCGAGGAUGCGAAGGAGAAGUUCCGCCGCUGGGUCUCGACCAUGUCGCGACCGUUCGAGGUACGCUUCAACCCGCACACCGAGCGCGUGGAGGUGCUCGAUUCGGUCGACAAGCUGGAAACGCUCGUCUCGCAGCUGAACACCGAAGUGCUGCACCUUACAAAUGCCAUCGCCAAGCUGAAGCAGCCAUUCUGCUAAGUCUCGCGCGCUCCCAGCGGGGCCCCACUCCCAAACAGCAGCAUGUGAUCUGAUGCGUGUGUGUGUGUGUGUGUGCGUGAGGGUGAGAGAGAGAGCGAACGAACGAGAAUAGGAGCGAGUGAGAGAGAGAAGCGAGACACUAAAAAGCAAAGCAAAGGAAAAGGAAAUAUGUCUGAUCGACAAGGACAAUAAGGCGUAUGCCCCCUCCCCUGGCUGUCCGGUUGUGUCCUGGACGACGCACCAACGUCAGCAAGAAGAGGGGCACGUUAGCUCCCGCCAUCCUGCGGACUACGCUAAACUCGAUGUAUACUAUAUCAUCCGCUACUUCUACCCACUGCUACUACUAUUUACUACAUCAGCAACUAUUACUACUACUGCUACAACUACUAUACUGAACAGUAUUCUGCACCCCGAACUCGGAGCACCCAAACUCGCAAACAGGAUUGCUGGUGCGAAGAUCCUUUUUUAUAUAUGUUUUUUUGUGUACUACGUUUUACUAUGCACCACCGUAUGCAAGCAUACGAUCGAAUCGAAGUAUCGACCAGGGGUAGGCGCACAGCCACUUCACAACCCCUGCUGGAGGAAAAUUGUGCAAUCGAGUAACCCUGCCCAUUCACCCCCCCAACGACGAUGUGCGGUUCGUAUUGUCCGGAAAAUAGGGAUCCCACAUCGUCCACCCCCAGUAGAAGAAGACGUCAGGAGAAGCGUCAGGAGUAUCCAGCUCCAACGAAACGCCACAGCUGUACAGCUUCGGUAUUCGAAGCUCGUGAGCCCUCGCAAACGAAACGGAAAAGGAAGUAAGGAAGAAGGAGACAAACCGAGAGUGAACUUCCCCUCUCAAUGCCGGAGGACGAACGGAGGAAGGAUCUAUUCUUUUCGCAGCAACAUCGCCGAGAACCCCCCCGGUACCAUCGCGAGGUGCCGAGGAUUUUUUGGACAAUUCCUCAGACCGACGACUAUUCGGUUGUCGAGUAGUGCAAUCAACCCGUGUUCGUGUUCUGAGCGUCCCGUUCCUCUUCUCCAACGACUUGCAUGCGACGCUACUAUGUCGAUGUGCAUGCGAGCCAACCAAACGAAAAGGACACGCUACGACGGAUGAACAACAUCAUUCAGUAUUUGCAAUCGCCCCCCCCAAAAAAAAAAAAAAUAGGAUCCUGCCAAACGGAUCCAAACAGGAAAGGACAUACACACGCACCAACAUUUUAUCCUGACCUCCAACGUUCCGUUCUUCCUUGUUCCUUCUUCCCUAUACACAGGGUGGUACCGAAAAGAAAACUGCCAUCCGGUACCACCGUGAUCCUUCAUCCCGUUCAACCUGCGUGGAACAGGUGGUUCCUGUUCGACACAAUUUUCCCUCCAACCAUCCCAACACCAAGCACCAUCAGUCGAGAGUUACAACCCAACCUUCCCUUUUGUUCCCUCUUAUUAAUCUCUCUCGCUGUCUCGCGCCCGUUCGCAAGUUCCUUCCCUUCUUCGUUCCCGAUCACCACAACACAACACCAUCAACCUAUAGUAAUCCUAGCAUCCGUAUGGAUCCCCAACCCCGAGCCCACAAUUCCCUAUCCCCUGUUCCCCUUGAAUUCCCUUCAAUAUGUGUACGUCCUGUCAAAACGUAGCGUAGAAGAGUAUUGUUUAUUGAAGAGAACAUAUUUUUUUUAUUUAACGUAACUUAAGUAUUGUAUACUAUUUAAAGUUAGUGUUUAAAGUUAAAUUAUUCACUUGACUUGAGCAGAUACUUUGUUUUUCGUUAUAUGCAGAUCAAUGUGCGGAAUGUUGCAAGUUUCCUUUGAUUACUAAAGGGACGGAUUAGCUCAAAGGCAGAACGGGAGAAACGUGAUCGCGAUCGCGGAUUUGAAUAGUUCACGAUCGGGCAGUGCAGCGUGUCGUGCCGGUGGGCCUGCGAUAGAACCAACCAUACAUACGGCAACUGUGUGCCGACCGCUAGCCUUCCCUUAUCCAUCGUAAAGGAAGUGACUGUCCAAUACGAUACACCAACAUCUGAUAAGGAGCAAGCGGGCUCAGCACACUUGCGAGCGUGUGUGUAUGUGAGCUUCUAUUAGUAUUGGUAACCUGGUGAAUGCUACUCUGCUACUGUCCAGAACUAUUCCACCGCCUUCCGAUCACGGUAGCUAGUGAGCUUACUUUACACGCGUUAAGCUUAGGAGUAGGAGGAUGUUAAGCGGCACCGUAAGCUAGGUUUAGUAGACAUCUUCCCUUUCUGGUUAGAACCGAUCCGCGACAUUAAAACGGCAACAUUCUCGGCUCAGGACAGGGUUUAAGAACGUAUCCUACAAGACAACAACAACACUGCAACGAAAAUUCAUCCUCGACUGUCUGUAAUCUCAUGUUUGUUUUUUUAUAUAAUUGUGUAUUUUUUUUAUUAAUGUGUAUAAAGGCAUGAGCAACAAUGAGUAUGAGCGGAAAAUUUCUAUUUAUAUUUAUACGAGACAAUCUUAGCACGCGCACGUUAAAGAAAGUGAAAAAAAUUAAACAAAAAAAAAGAACAGUGGAUACAGGUAAAAAUUUUCCGUCUUCAUGAAAAACUUAUAUGUAAAAGCUAUCCAGCACAAAGUAGCGAUGCAAAUAAAAGAACCUAAAAAAACAACAACAAACAAAGAAAUA